CCAUAGGACCCGGCUCGUGCACAGGACGUUCCGCCAGCUGUGAGGCACGCGCCACACGGUUCGGAUUAUGUCAUUCACUUUCUUUUGAGCAGUUUUAACGAGACCGGAGGACAUCAUCGUUUUUUGUUUUUUUGCGGUGAGAGAUCCUCCCCACCCAAUCGUAUAUCUCAUCGAACGGACAGAGACCGAGGACGGUAGCUAGCUAGCUACGGCAAAACGACUCGACUCUCUCUCUCGAUCUUGUCUGUGUGAUGUGGGCCACUUCAUGCACCACUGAUACCGUCUAUACCUGCGCUGUUGCUAGUUUUCACCACACAGCUGACAAGCCAAAAGUGAACGGUAAAACAAUACGCAAAUCUAUAGCCAGCUAGCUUUUAUAUACUAGCUAUUUUUGCCUUGCCGUCUUCAGUGGCCGCGUUUGAGAGAAAAGUGAUAUUCGGCGGCUCUCGGCCCGGGGUGACAUUUCCGGAUUCGAACACUCGCAUAUUCAUCCUCCCAGCGGUGCUGUUUUAGCAUCUCAAUAUACAGGCAGUUGAUCGCCGUUUUAUGCGACAACGGAGUCUAGCAAAGUGAAACUAACGGUAACCAUAAUUUGGUUUCCGGAGCACCUAUUUUUUUCUUGCUUUUGGAAUUGGAAAUGGGCCGUGUUCAACAGUUCUGCAACUGUCUAGCUCCAGCUAGCUACUGAAGCGAGCUAACUCGGGUCUGGAUCUAGUAACGUUAUGUGCGUGCCUGUGGUCUUUACAGCCAAAAAAGCGAAACAUUAGUCGUUGACGUUUCGCUGCCUUGAUAUUUGAUACUUUUUCCCCCCCAACUUCUACAAUCGAGAUACGCUUGAACGGGUAGAAUUAUUGGACCGAAUUCUUUGUUUUGGCUGAGGCUGGAGCAUGACAGACAUUCGAUCCAUCCUUCCAUCGCGGUGCUCCAUCCAAUACGGCGCAGUGUGAGUAGCCCCAUCCGGGAAGCGCACAUCAAGCAGAAUCGUAUCCUAUGCACCUCUUGGGUGUCAGGGGCUAAAGGUGCUACUAUUCCCAGAGCAAUAACGUCGGAGGGGGAGGACGUUGCCUUCCCAUCUCAGGAUUAAAUCAUGGCCAAUGAACCUGUCAUCCUUAAUGUGUAUGAUAUGGUAAGAUUGUGUGUUUUGAACUUUUAUGUGCAUGGGAAUCAAUGUGACAUACUAACCUACUAUUGUCGCGCACACACACACACACACACACACAACCUACACACCCUACACACACACACACACCCUACACACACACACACACACACCCUACACACACACACAACCUACACACACACACACCCCAGAAUGGAUAUUUAGUCCCUUGGUAGGACAACCAGGCAGGUGCAGUGUUGGUCCCUCUCUUCCCCUCUGAUAUCUCCAGGCCAGCAGUCACAGAUAGACGAGGACCCCCCAUGGUCCCUCUCUUCCCAUCUCCAGGCCAGCAGUCACAGAUAGACGAGGACCCCCCAGUGGAGCUGAAAGUCACAGCUGCUCAAACGCCUGAUUUUAAAAUCCCACUGUAGCUCUGCUCUGCUGGGACGAAGGGAUGGACUGGGACCAGAAAUCGGCCCAGGCAUUUCAAACACACUGGCCCAAUAGUUUUCAUUAUGACGUCCACAGAGGCUAAUUUUUUUCCCCCUAGAAGCUCCCAUUAUUAGCUAAUUUAUUAUAAUUUUGCGCAAAACACCUAAUUUAGUCCCACUGGACUAAAGACUGACUAGCCCAUCUGCCAAUUGCCCGAACUGCCCUAUGGCCAGCCCAGUUCUGUUUGGGACCCAGUCAUUGGCUGGAACACUACAGGUCAUGCAAGGGCUGCGUGCAACAACCCCAGAAAGAUAGUCAAUUAGCUUUACCCGACGACUCACCCUGAAUAUAAUUGCUACAUACAUUCAGUCUGAAACUGCCCUCCUAGAAGUCGUUUUGUGUGGAUUUCAAAAUGAGGGGCGUUGUGCAAAACAAAUUCAUCAGUGAUUUGGAUCGUCUUGAACAAAUCUAACCAAUCAAGGGUAUCGAAGUGAAUAACAUCAUCGUGUAGGCUCUGGCUCAACCUAUCAGCUUCUGAGAACCUUUUGAACAGUCAGAAUGUUUUUGCGUUCUAGAAAUCGUAGGGGGUCAUGGUCGAGAAGAAACGGCAGUUUGGCUGAGCGAUAUGGAUGGGUAGCCAGGCAACCAGAAAGAGUGACCACGGUAUAGAUUGAGAGUCAUAGGCUUCAUCCCAAUUUUCUUCCCUUUUAUGUGAACUUUAAAGGGAAUGGAUUGGUGGAGAUGUACAUUUUAGUCAUUUAGCAGACACUCUUAACCAGAGCGACUUACAGUAUAGAGUCCAUACAUUUUCAUACUUUUUUCAUACUUGUCCCCCUUGGGAAUCGAACCAAACUUCAUAAAAAAACAUUUUGAUUGGUUAAUUGAUUGUAAUCUCUACAGUAACCAGAUUUCCAUCCAACCAUUUAAAUGUGGAUGAAUUACCUGACGCAUUAAAAAAGGCACGACAGGGCUUAUGGAAACAGGAAAUGUCGACAGACGGUGGGAUCUUUUUGUGUCUGUAGAAUUAAUUAUGCGAGAAGUGGCGGUGGAAACACCUUUUUUUAUGUUUUAAAUAUUGAUAUAAUAACUGUCUGAUGGAGGUAAACUUGUAGUCAGUUGACUUGAUGAUGGGUUGGUUGUGUGGACUAGUUAAUAAGGCUACAGAUGGAAUGAGCUAAGGGUUCACAGGGUGGUGGUGAUGGGGCAGGGCGGCAGGUGGCAUAGUGGUUAAGAGCGUUGUGCCAGUAACCGAAAGGUCGCUGGUUCUAAUCCCCGAGCCGACUAGGUGAAAAAUCUGUCGAUGUGCCCUUGAGCAAGGCACUUAACCCUAAAUUGCUCAUGUAAGUCGCUCUGGAUAAGAGCGUCUGCUAAAUGACUAAAAUGUAAAAUGUGUAUCGAUGGUCUUAUUCUGGUGACAUGUUGAUCGACGCUUGUCUGCAGUUUGACAAAUAAACCUAUUCUCGCUCUUAUCCAUAAUAAUGUCAUCACGUAGCCUAGCCUACUAGCACAGCGCUCUUAUCCAUAAUAAUGUCAUCAUGUAGACUAGCCUACUAGCACAGCACUCUUAUCCAUAAUAAUGUCAUCAUGUAGCCUAGCCUACUAGCACAGCACUCUUAUCCAUAAUAAUGUCAUCAUGUAGACUAGCCUACUAGCACAGCACUCUUAUCCAUAAUAAUGUCAUCAUGUAGCCUAGCCUACUAGCACAGCACUCUUAUCCAUAAUAAUGUCAUCAUGUAGCCUAGCCUACUAGCACAGCACUCUUAUCCAUAAUAAUGUCAUCAUGUAGACUAGCCUACUAGCACAGCGCUCUUAUCCAUAAUAAUGUCAUCAUGUAGACUAGCCUACUAGCACAGCACUCUUAUCCAUAAUAAUGUCAUCAUGUAGCCUAGCCUACUAGCACAGCACUCUUAUCCAUAAUAAUGUCAUCAUGUAGCCUAGCCUACUAGCACAGCGCUCUUAUCCAUAAUAAUGUCAUCAUGUAGACUAGCCUACUAGCACAGCGCUCUUAUCCAUAAUAAUGUCUUCAUGUAGACUAGCCUACUAGCACAGCACUCUUAUCCAUAAUAAUCUCAUCAUGUAGCCUAGCCUACUAGCACAGCCGAUCCACACUGUAUCUGCGAGCUGUUGGCUAGAGCGCACCUGCCAAGACCAGAGUAGGCACAUUUAGCUAUUUAACAAAACUAUCGGUAGAGUUGAAAAUGUGAUGGAAACACAUUGAACUUUAGAUUUUUAUUUGAUACAUGAAAAAGUACCUUUUAUGUGCACUACGUCAUCACUACGUCAUCACUAUGUCACCACGGACUGCUUGUUAUCCUCAGCAAGUCCGUUUGGUGGAACACACCACUAGUGUGAAAAUGCAUAUUUUUAAAUAUACGCAUGAAAAUCUUUCACCAAUUGGAUGGAAACCUAGCUAGUGAGAGAAGGAUUGAUGGGUCGAUUUCUGAAAGAUAGUGACACAGAGAGAGAGAGAGAGAGAGACUGGAGGAUGAUGUGUAGUGAGGUGUGAUGAUAUUUCUGCAUGGACAGACAGACAGUUGAAUGUGGGAGGUCCUCAGAGAAUGCAUGCGUCCUUACAGCCUUAGACCAAAGAGAUGCAAGACAUGAUUACCAAAUACCAAGUGCUCACACUUUCAGUGGCGUACAGAUGGUGUCAAGUUCAAACGAGGACCAACCACACAGAACUCCACACCUCCAGUCCACAAAAUACAGUUAGAUUCUUUGCAUUAACAGUCCACCAAUUCUAAUACAGAUAGGGUAUUCAGACAACUGUUCUAUGUGAGAGCCUGCAACAGUAAGCUUAUGGAUAGUGUUUUGACACUUCACUGUCGUUUCACUGACACUGUGUCAGUCAGUCAGGAACCUUGCUCUCUAUUAUUAAUGGAGGGCCCAGCUGGUGGGAUGUGGAUGUCUUUUAACAACCCCCCCCCCCCCCCCCCCCCCCCCACGCCCUCAGGACACCCACCCUCCACAAAGGUUCAGGAGGAGGGUCUGAUUGGGGAGGAGAGAGGUUCUGCGAAGGUAGGGGUGUUACCAAAAGUCUGGGGCCGUAUGAAUCAAGUUCUUAUCUAGGAUCAGGUCUUUCCUGUCCAUGUAACUUGAUUAAUUGUGAUCUGAAAGGCUAAACUGAUCCUAAAUCAGUACUCCUACUCUGAGACGUGAUUGGGAAAAGAGGGGAUCUUUGGGGGUAGACUCGUAGAAAAAAGGGUUCUUCGGCUGUCCCCAUAGGAGAACCCUUUUCGGUUCCAUGCGGAAAGGGUUCUACCUGGAACCAGAAACAGUUCUUCAAAGGGUUCUCCUAUGGGGAAAGCAGAAUAACCCUUUUAGAUUCUAGAUAUAACCUUUUUUCUAAAAGUGUAGCCUGUGUAGAUGGAAUGUGAGCCACAUCCCUUCCCCUCUCCCAACCCAACGGUGUUUCUGUGAACAGGUGCUUGGUGGUCAGACCUGCUUCUAUUAAUAUUUUAAUUACAAUUUACUUUGCAUUCAUUUCUGGCUUUGAAAUGAAAAUACAAACAUGCAUAAUUCAAAUAUAUACUUUUUAAUUCAGCGAUUUAGAGUUGCGAAAUGUGCAAUGAGACAAGUGACUGCCCUGGUUGGUCACACUGCCUGACAUGCCCAUUUCACUGCAUAAAUUCUCUCUCUCUCUCACACACACACACACACACCACACAUAGUAGUUAUAGCAUAGUUGUAAGCAAACCAUAUCUCAGACUUUACCUUAAAGGGGAAUUCAAUUGGUGGCCCUCUCUCUGUUUAUCAUGCCUGUCCAUGAGCAUCAAUAUCCUGUGAGGAGGAAAGAAAGAACCUCCAUUUACCAAAUGUCUCUAAAGUGCUGAGUAGGACGAUCAGUAUUGCAUUACAACAGCCACUUAGCCUGCAUUCAGGAGAAGCCAUGACAACCAGCCACUUACCCUGCAUUCAGGGGAAGUCAUGACAACCAGCCACUUACCCUGCAUUCAGGGGAAGCCAUGACAACCAGCCACUUACCCUGCAUUCAGGGGAAGCCAUGACAACCAGCCACUUACCCUGCAUUCAGGGGAAGCCAUGACAACCAGCCACUUACCCUGCAUUCAGGGGAAGCCAUGACAACCAGCCACUUACCCUGCAUUCAGGGGAAGCCAUGACAACCAGCCACUUACCCUGCAUUCAGGGGAAGCCAUGACAACCAGCCACUUACCCUGCAUUCAGGGGAAGCCAUGACAAACAGCCACUUACCCUGCAUUCAGGGGAAGCCAUGACAACCAGCCACUUACCCUGCAUUCAGGGGAAGCCAUGACAACCAGCCACUUACCCUGCAUUCAGGGGAAGCCAUGACAUAAUGGAAAUGUAUGAUAGCUUUGUAUGCACUUAACAAACUAAACCCUGGUGUAUGGUUCUGAUCAAAACCAUAAACAGUCUCCAGUCAGAUAUGUUGUACUACUAUCUACUUAGUAUCCUUAGGAGAAUGAAUCAAUUGAAAAAAGAGCGAUUCCAACCUUUUCAGGAUACUGUAUCUAACUGUUUAAAAAUACACUUAUCUCUCUCUCUCUCUCUCUCUCUCUCUCUCUCUCUCUCUCUCUCUCUCUCUCUCUCUCUCUCUCUCUCUCUCUCUCUCUCUCUCUCUCUCUCUCUAGUACUGGAUUAACGAGUACACCUCCACUCUUGGUGUUGGAGUCUACCACUCAGGCAUUGAGAUCUAUGGCCGAGGUACAGAGGAAGACCUUCACUACUUUCUCAUUCACUCACUUAUUCAUUCAUUCAACCAGUGUGCUGUUGGCAAAAUGGAGAGGAAAUGUGGAAUGUUUCUCUCCACAGCUUCUAUUCCAUACAGAUUCUAUGAUUAUGUGUUCUAUCCUCCCUCAGGGAUGAGUAAUUCACCAUUGAGUCAUCCUAUGUGGAAAGAGCGAGAGAGAUACUGUAGUUUUAGCAUAAACCCAGAGAGAGACAGACGGACUGCCUGGUUGUUAUUGUCCCCUCAGUCAGUGCCUGCACCCAGGGAAUACUGUGGGUGAUGCAUCAUUUAAAAAAAAAAAUCUAUCAAAAUAGUCCCUCCCGUUUUGGUAUCAAGAUGUUUUUCUGUCUUAUCUGAGUUCUAGUACAUCGUAAGUAGACAUCAGCGAGGAAGACACAUUGAUCACACGCCACAUUAUAUCUUCUAACACCAAACGAUAUCUUCUAACACCACACAAUAUAGUCUAACACCACACAAUAUAGUCUAACACCACACAAUAUCUUCUAACACUAUAUAAUAUCUUCUAACACCACACGAUAUCUUCUAACACCACACGAUAUCUUCUAACACCACACGAUAUCUUCUAACACCACACGAUAUCUUCUAACACCACACGAUAUAUUCUAACACCACACGAUAUCUUCUAACACCACAUGAUAUCUUCUAACACCACACGGUAUCUUCUAACACCACACAAUAUCUUCUAACACCACACGAUAUCUUCUAACACCACACGAUAUCUUCUAACACCACACGAUAUCUUCUAACACCACACGAUAUCCAGUGGUGGAAAAAGUAGCCAAUUGUCAUACUUGAGUAAAAGUAAAGAUACCUUAAUAGAAAAUUACUCAAGUGAAAGUGAAAGUCACCCAGUAAAAUACUACCUGAGGAAAAGUCUAAAAUUAUUUGGUUUUAAAUAUACAUAAGUAUCAAAAGUAAAAGUAUAAAUCAUUUCAAAUUCCUUAUAUUAAGCAAACCAGACGGCACCAUUUUCUAGUUUUAUUUUAUUUACGGAUAGCCAGGGGCACACUCCAACACUCAGACAUCAUUUACAAACUAAGUGUUUAGUGAGUCUGCCAGAUCAGAGGCAGUAGGGAUGACCGGGGGAUAUUCUCUUGACAAGUGCAUGAAUUUGACAAUUUUCCUGUCCUGCUAAGCAUUCAAAAUGUAACGAGUACUUUUGGGCGUCAGGGAAAAUGUAUGGAGUAAAAAGUACGGUACAUCACUUUCUUUAGGAAUGUAAUGAAGUAAAAGUAGUCAACAAUGUACAGAUACACCAAAUUUACACCUUAUUUUUACCUUUAUUUAACUAGGCAAGUCAGUUAAGAACAAAUUCUUAUUUACAAUGACGGCCAAACCCAGGCAAUGCUGGGCCAAUUGUGCGCCGCCCUGUGGGACUCCCAAUCACGGCCGGUUGUGAUACAGCCUGGAAUCGAACCAGGGGGGGGUCUGUAGUGACGCCUCAAGCACUGAGAUGCAGUGCCUUAGACCGCUGCGCCACUCGGUCUGUAGUGACGCCCCAAGCACUGAGAUGCAGUGCCUUAGACCGCUGCGCCACUCGGUCUGUAGUGACGCCUCAAGCACUGAGAUGCAGUGCCUUAGACCGCUGCGGCACUCGGGAGCCCCACUCAUGUACCUUUGUUGGAAAGCAAGUGUGGCGACAGCAAUUAUUUUUCUCAUGCCUGUAUCGUGAGACGUCUCAAUGAAGAUAUGACAUUUACCCAAUGUGUUCCUUAUUUCCCCUCUUUACUACAGAGUUUGCAUAUGGGGGUCACCCGUAUCCUUUCAGUGGCAUAUUUGAAAUCAAUCCUGGAAACGCCACGGAAUUAGGAGAAACCUUCAAGUUUAAGUGAGUUUAAAUUAAAACACACACACACACACACACACACACACACACACACACACACACGCACACACACGCACGGGUACACAAAGUGCCUAGUCACAUAAAGAAGUGGUCAAUGGCUGCUGUUUCACAACAGCAACAGGAAAUCAAAGACUGUCUUUGUUUGCUGUCGCCAUGUAAGGACGACAGAACAGUGUAUCCCACAUUGCACCCUAUUCCCUGUUGUACUUCUUUUGACCAAGGCCCAUAAGACUCAAUUUGGGAUCCCAGACAUGGCCUACUGAGCAGCGGCACGGUAUCAAGUGGAUCUUCACUUCUUUUCACGUAUACUUCAAUAGCUCAACCACAAGUUUUAGUAAAUAUGUUGUGUAUGUCUACACAGGGAGGCUAUCGCUUUGGGCACGACAGAUUUUGCAGUGGAGGAUAUGGAUAAAAUCAUGGAGGAGCUGGGGAGGGAUUUCAAAGGCGACGCCUACCAUCUAAUGCACAAGAACUGCAACCACUUCUCUUCCUCGCUGUCUGAGGUCGGUGGGACAACCGUCGUUCCGAUUUUUCAAAUGUUCCUUUCUGUUUCGUAACCGUUUCAUAAGAGAGGAUUACUGUUUGAAUAUAUACAUUUUGAAUUAUACAUCAUAUUUACAUUUAUUGUGAACAAUCUGAUAGAGCCAUUCCAUCUUUUUUUUUUUUUUUUAAAGGAGCAUUGCCUAUCGACAGUAAUAAAUAUAUUUUGCUGAGGAUGUUUUUUUAUUUGCCAAGUGCAUGUCCGAUACUGUAUCCACAUUAUUCAGUCCUUUUCCUGACGCCAUGUUUGUUUCAUUCUAUUCCAGCUGUUGUGUGGGCGUGAGAUCCCUCGUUGGGUAAACCGCCUGGCCUACUUCAGCUCUUGCGUGCCCUUCCUCCAGACCUGCCUCCCUAAGGAGUGGCUGACCCCCGCGGCCCUCCAGAGCCACAUUAGUAUGGGCCUUCACAAGGAGGAGCGAGAGGCCGGGGAGUCCAGCGACGAGGACCCCAACUCGGCCUCCGGGGCGGGCACCGGAUCCUCACACAGCUGUCGCCAUACACGGGUCUGAGCCAAUGACUGUAGGUCUGAAGAGAACAGCCAAUAGGACUCUCUCAAUUACCUUUGACCUCUGAACCCUGGACCAGAAGGUCACCAGGUCACCUCUGCUGGGGAUGUAGUGAUGUAAUAUCUGUGGGCCUAACUGAAUAACCAACUGACCUCAUAGUACCACCUCUGAGAACAGAGACAGGGAUGGAUGAUUAGUUAACCUGGUAGUGGUGACUCAUGGUGCCGCUGGGGACGAGGGGACCUGCAAAACCCACAGAUCCUUGGAUCCUUUCCCUGAUUUUCUCCCUUUAGAUAUAUGGUAGAUAUAUUCUGAAGGAUUUGUUGACCAACUAACUCAGAGCAUGGCAUGGCUCUUUUUUAGAUUGACCACAGCUACGUGAUGUACUGUAGGUCUGGGGUACUUUCUAGUAUUUAUCUUUUUCCAUGAACUUUUAAACCUUUGUCAGCCUUCAUCCCCUGAUUCCCUUCCUUACAGAGCUGCUUCUCCUGUAGAGUAGAUGGAUAUCAGACACCACAAAGAUAAAGCUGAGGUCACGUCCCAAAUGGCACCCUAUUCC